CUCUCUCUCUCUCUCUCUCUCUCUCUCUCUCUCUCUCUCUCUCUCUCUCUCUCUCUCUCACACACACACACACACACACACACACACACCCCACAAUCAAAACUCGGACCGACCGCUGCGUCUCCUCCAAUCCCUGGAAACGGCGAGCGAGCGCCCUCCGGACGGACCGCUGCGCGCACCCCGCUCGGGCACGGAGCCCGGCGCUCCGCUAGUCCUUGUCCCCAGCGCCGCCGCUUCGGCCGGGUGUUCCCGAAAAUCAAGCGGGGAGGGAGGGUAGAGACAGCGCCCAAAAACACCCGGGCCACACACGCGGCGACCUGCAGCUCCUUCCCGGCGUCCGAGUCCGCCGGCACCCGCAGCGCCCAGCGUCUGUGAGGUCCGCGCCGCUGCCCGAGAGGAGCCCACCUGCUGGUCCGCGCUCGGCCGGGGCAGAAAGUGAGACUGUCGCUGUCGCGUUCCAGCCGCGCCCUGCGCUCCGAGAGACCUCUCCCCAGCCGGAGUGGCGUUCAACCCUCGGCUCUGCCAGCGGCCCCUCGCGCCCUCGGAGUGUCCCCCGCCCCCCUCCCGCCACGCCGCGCAGGGACCAUGGCCUGGGCGCGCGGGCUGCUCUGUCUGUGGCUGAGCUGCGUCUGCGUGAGCCUGGCGCGGACGGAGAGGCCGAGGCAACCGUUCCCGGAGCUCCGCAAAGCUGGGCCAGGGGACCGCGCGGCAGGUGGUGGCCCGGGCCCGGAGCUGCAGCCGCACGACAAGGUGUCCGAGCACAUGCUGCGGCUCUAUGACAGGUACAGCGGUGGCGGCAGGGUCCAGGCGCCACGGACGCCAGGCUCGCGGGAGCGGGGCUCGCAGCCCGCGCACCCCCAGCCCCUGCGCGAAGGCAACACCGUGCGCAGCUUCCGAGCGGGAGCAGCAGGAGCUGUUGAAAGCAAGGGACUACAUAUUUUUAAUCUGACUUCUCUAACCAAGUCUGAAAAUAUUUUAUCAGCCACACUGUAUUUCUAUUCUGGAGAGCUGGUAAACACCAACCUGAGUUGUCCAGUGUCCCAGGGAUGCUCACACCAUGCCAAGAGGAAGCCUGUUCAGAUAGUUCUCUCUGCAUGGAUUCUCAAAUCGGACAGGAACCAAAGUCAGCCCCUCGGUCAUCUCUCAGUAGACGUAGCCAAAUCUCACCGAGAUGUCACACCCUGGCUCUCUAAAGAUAUCACUCAACUCUUGAGGAAGGCCAAGGAGAAGGAGGAGUUCCUCAUUGGAUUUAACAUCACCUCCAAAGCCCACCAGCUGCCAAAGAGGAUGUUACUCUCUCCAGAGCCUUAUAUCCUGGUGUAUGCCAAUGACGCUGCCAUUUCUGAGCCAGAAAGUGUAGUAUCAAGCUUACAAGGACACCGCAAUUUCCCCACUGGUUCUGUGCCCAAAUUGGAUAGGCACAUCAGAGCUGCCCUUUCUGUUGAACGGAGAAAAAAGCGCUCUACUGGGGUCUUGUUGCCUUUGCAGAACAAUGAGCUUCCUGGGGCAGAAUAUCAGUAUAAGGAGGAGGGCGUAUGGGAGGAGAGAAAGCCUUACAAGACUCUUCAGACCCAGCCCCCUGAGAAAAGUAAGAACAAAAAGAAACAGAGGAAGGGGCCCCAUCAGAAGAGCCAGACACUCCAGUUCGAUGAGCAGACUCUGAAGAAGGCAAGAAGAAAGCAAUGGCUUGAACCUCGGGACUGUGCCAGAAGAUACCUUAAGGUAGACUUUGCAGAUAUUGGCUGGAGUGAAUGGAUUAUCUCCCCCAAGUCCUUUGAUGCGUAUUACUGCUCAGGAGCAUGCCAGUUCCCCAUGCCAAAGUCUUUGAAACCAUCAAAUCAUGCUACCAUCCAGAGUAUAGUGAGAGCUGUGGGGGUCGUUCCUGGGAUUCCUGAGCCUUGCUGUGUCCCGGAAAAGAUGUCUUCACUCAGUAUCUUAUUCUUUGAUGAAAAUAAGAAUGUAGUGCUCAAAGUAUAUCCUAACAUGACAGUAGAGUCUUGUGCUUGCAGAUAAUGUGACAAAGAACUCAGUCGAAUGCUUAAAUCAAUCCUUACUUUUAUGGAUUUGUUUUCUUUUUUGCACUGCCAAUGCAUUUUGUUCCAAAGGUUUUUUUUAUAUAUAUAUACUCAAAAGAGAAUAAGCAAAUAGACUCAAGAGUUCCACAAAGAAGAACUGGACUGUAUUUGUUUCUGAAUGUAACUAAAAGCAAGAUGUUAGGAAACAUGAGUAUGAAUAUCAAUUUCUUUUUUUAAUCACAAGAAAAAUGAUCACUCCAAGUGUUUUUAGAACUGUUAGAAAAUUCACUGAUUUAUUUUUAUACUGGGCUUUGAAAAUAGAUUGGAGAAACGACAAUAGUUUAUCACUUAUCUCUACUCAUCUAAUGACCAAAGGGAAAUAGAGACUCAUUUCAUACUUUGAAGCAGGCUUAUUGCCUUUCUUUCCUGAGCAGCUCAGCAUGCUUUAAAUAGUUCUAUCAACUUUGGCAUUUAUCUAAAAGUUUUUGAGAUCCUGUUUUACUAUUGUUCUUCCACCACAAGUCAUUGUGUGGGUUGAGUGAAGAGUGUGUGCCGAAUAUUAGUGUAUUGGUUGUUUGUGGAAUCUACAUUUUAGCAAAGCUCACUAAAUAUUAUCACCAGGAAAGAGAGUCCAAUAUAGAUGCUUCUUUCCAUUUCUAUUUGCUAGCAAUAUCUCCUCUUGUACUCUAGCCUUUGAAAAUUAUUUCUAAACUCUUUCACUCACUGUAUUUGUGAGACGUGUUUUCAGUCCUUAGGCUGUUGUUGGUGUCGUUAUAUCUGCAAUCGAUGCUUGUCUGAGGUCAAUCUCACCUGAUGAUAGAAAGAUCUAAGCCACUUCAGAGGCUGCCUAAUAUCAGAAGACCUGGAGGUUUUAUUCUGUCUCUGCCUGUAGCUAUCCAGGGUGGUUCAAUCACUUAAUAAAUAUUUAUUGAGCAAUUCUUCUGUGAAAGACACUGUGUCAACUGUGUGUCUUUAGGGCCCCUGCUGGCAAAAUGGAAGGGACUGGCCACUAGAACUGGAAGGCCCUUUGACCCUAAAAUGUUGGAUUUAUUAUAUCAGUUACUUCAUAUGCAUCUUCCUUGAAGAGAGAAAAACACUGCAAGAGCAUUCUACAUUUUUUGUGUGUGUUCGUAUAAAUAAAUAUAGCAUCCCUGGGGUCUAAAUAAUAUUUUAUUGGAAAUCCUUUAAAAGAUUACCAUGACAAGAAGCUAUUUGAUACUUCAAGUGCACAAAUGUUGAUUGGGUGUUGUUGGUCCUGUGACUAAGGCAUACCAGUUCUGAAACAUGAAUCACGUUCUGGGGCCUAAGAUACCAUGGUUUCUUCUCAGUCAUUUUUUUGUCUGAUAACAAAAAGUUAAACAUCCAAAGUGUGGUAGAGAAUGAAAUUACUUCUCAAUAAUUUUUGUCAAAAAUUGAAAGGAAAAUUCUAUGAUAAAAAUGAGUCAGAAUGUGGCCAUCAUAUCCUGGUUAUACUUGUCUUUCAAUAAAGAAAAUUGAAUUUUCAUUGGUAGCUUUCAUGAAGUUCUUAAAUUUAGUUUUUUGUAGAGAUGCAUGAAUGAAACCUUCCAGCAAUUCUGAGAAUCACUUCUCAGCCUUCUUAUAGUCAAAUGUCUGUUGGUUACCUUUCUUAAUUUGAAUCAAUUCUUUACUUAAUACAGAUUAAAUCAUAAUAGUUCCAAACCCUCUAAAUAAUAAAAAAAAUCUCAAAAUACCAAGUGAUCAAUUAUUUCAAGUAUCAGUAGCAAUUGACAUGAAAAUUACAACACAAUAAAAGCACUUGAAUAAUCUUUUUAGCAAUUAUUUCUUAGGAAAUAAUUUUGACCAGUUACUAUUUCUGAGUGAUCUUCUAACUAAUGAACCUCUACUGAACUGAGGAUAAGUUCUAUUCCCAAAGAAUAAAGGAACAUUACUUUUCAGUAGUGAAAGUUGAAGUAAAUGGAUGAACAUUUUAAUUAAUAAAGAUUUAUUUAGAAUAUAGAAAUUCAAGCAAGUGCCUGUUUUAUAAACUGUUUCUGAAUAAUCACUAGAUACACAUUUUAGAAAUCUCCUGAUGUCCAAUUUGCAUUGAUGAGAAGAAAAACCACAUCUAUGGAUGCUAUUCCCUAAAUCUUUCUCCUCCCUCCUCCCUUAUCUCCCCUCCCCCAGUUUCCUUACCCUAUUUCUCCAUUCAGAACACACACACACACACACACACACAGGGUCAUUUUGAAGAUUCUUUACAUAACUUGGUCUUCAAUUCCAGUUCAGGGACAGCCAUUGUCUAUACCAUGUGUUAAAAACACUUUGUUGUAACUUGUGCAAAUAGUAUACAAUUUACAAGAUUUGAGAUCACAGAACCUAAACUGGAAGAUUGGAUUCCUCAAAUCUCAGGACUACAAUAUUCCAGACUAAUUUUUACAAUAACUUAGCUAUAUAAUAACUGAUAAUCAUGUAUUCAUUAAGAUAUUAUUUUACCUUAGUAUUUCUGAAUAAAACUUAUUGGCCAUUUAAUGUUUUCAUAGGCAAUCAUAUGUAAUAUUGUUAUCAGUCUGACUUAUAAAAAUGUUUAUGUAGUUACAUUAUCCACUUUAGUCUUUCUGUUCUCAUUUUUCUCUGUGCUAACAAGUAACUAACAUCUGGACAUUGACAUCUUGUUGAAUCAAGGUUCAGUUAGAGAAUAGCUAAGCACACCUGAUGUGUAAAAUUAAAUAUGAAAUUAGACAAGAAAUCUUGGGUAAGUCUGACUUCUUUGUAUAGUUUUUAUUCCCCUUGAGAAUUCUAUCUUAAUGUAGUUUAUAAGUGAUAAAAUAAUUCCAUUUUUAAUAAAGCCAAGCCUUCCCUUCAGCUUUUUACAUUAGUUUAUGUAAAUGUUUUUAGUGGAGAAUUUAAUGCUUGUACAGUCAAUGGCAAUUAUAAAAGUAUAUAUUAUAUAUGUAUAUGGAAAAAUGUUAAAGAUGCUUUUAAUUUAUUUAAUGACUGUUGCCUCCCUACAAUGGUAACAAUUUCUUCCUUAGAAGAGGAGAAAAGCUUCUUUUGACUUUGGGUGUUAGAUACAAAAUAAGAUUUGGUUCUUUUGUCAAAUCCACUUCAAGGGUAUAUUGCAAUGAAACUGUGACGGGUUCUUCACCUCUGAUGUAUAAGCUUUGCUGAAUUUGUAUCAUUUCCCCAGUAAUGAAGAGCUUUUUAUUAUACAGUAUGGAAAUAAAAUUUUCUUAAUUGAA